AUGCAACAAACAGAUGAAUUACAAAAAAGCCUGCAAGCAUCAAUCGCUACACCCUAUUAUCAUAUUAAAUCACCCUUUCCGCUUGAGCAUGACAGGCGCUUUUUGGAUCCAAGUAGGGGCAGCAGUUUGGCAAUGCAAAGGCGAAGACAGAAAACACCUUCUGAAAGCGUUCGUUGUUAUUGGGCAAUACUAUCUAUACGACCUGCAGAGAUUGGGAAUAUGUUGAAUAAAGCAAACUUGGUCUUCCUCCACCUUGAUCCAACUAUGGAGGAUUCAUUGGGCUAUAGCGUCGAAUCGCUUAUGGGCACAAGCGCGCUGGAUUUAGUUCAUCCAAAUGAUGCCAAGAGGGUCGGAACGAGCAUCUUGCAGUAUGUAAUGGAGAAUAGAAGCGAAAGUAAGGUGCUUCGAUGUACUAUGAAAAGCGUCUUGUCGGAAGAAGAUCACCAAUUAACUGAUCUCAGCAUGGACCUAAUUGGAGAUGAAAUGUUGCUAUGCUUCUUUCAUGCUGUUGAUGAUAGAUCUAAACAAGAUUACAAUCCGGAGGAUAAAAGUCAAUGGACAAACUGGUGCGAAACGUCUUUAAGUGCUUUUGACGAUCAACAUUGUCAAACGCUAUGGGAGCACAUUUUGGCAGUAAGACUAAUCAACCCAUCAUCAAUGUAUGGGAACCAAGAAUCACUUUUCACUUGGGCACUGCGCUCUGGCCAGCAACAAGAACUAGAAAAUUGGACCCCACAAACCCGUCCAAGCCAGUCAUCUUCUAAGCCCGCAUCCACGCAUCAAUCGGACGAAUCAUCAGCAAUCUCAUUCUCCACUCGACACCCAGAACAAGUAACUGACUUCCCUGCAUUACAGAAUGAUGACGUGCAAUCCAAUUCGUCCGCACAUGCAAAUGAAUUUUCGACUUUUCCCCCUAUGACCGAGGCUGUGCUUGCAUCUUCAGUGAAGUGCUUGGCAUGCGGAACUUCAAAGAGUCCAGAAUGGCGAAGAGAAUUUUCCAAGCACGUACGGCUCGCAAAGCUUCCUCGAACGUUUUUCGUUGCACCUCAUCGGACUAUGGACGAACUUGUACGGCUAAACGAAGGUAAAUACCAUUCCGACAAAUGUUAUAUAAGUGUCAAGUUACGGAGUUCUUCUCGAUCGUCACGCUACCACGAUACAAUGACAUUAAGUGAAGGUAGUUCAUGCGAAGAAGAUGGAAAAUUUUUGGAAAGAUUGCGUGCUUCUCUACGCAAUCGAACAAAGAAAGAGACUAGUGCAAACCAACAUGAAUAUGCUACAAACUCGCCACUUUCGAUGACAUCUCAAACGGUAGCUGGUGAUCAAUCACAAUUGGCGGCUCCCGAAAACUACCAACGCAAACUCAGGAUACAAGACGUAUCGCGUGAGACAAUCUCAUCGGACUUUUCCACUUGUUUACAAGCGCAAAAUGAAGCAUUGCAAUCGAGUAUAUGGGGUAUUGCAAGUCUCGAGCACACAUCAUUCACCGCGCAAGAGGUCGAUGCGCUUGAUCGGUUUCGAAGUGCAACAUCUCAGCUCUCUGCGAUGGCGCUGUUGCUACAUUGCACCGGUCGAGACCACCAGCCAACAGAUCGCAGGUUUAGUAUGACCCGACCUUGA